GAUUGGUGUGAACAAUAUGCAAUCCGGACAUCAAGCUCGAGUGAGCUUGCACUAACUGCGGACUCUCCUCCGCUUGUACAACAGUAUUCUAUCCAGCACCAAUAUCGAGUUUUGAGGGAGAUCCAGACGGAUUCCCUGCAGGUAGGUCCCGCCACACGGUGACAGCGGACGAAGCAGCAGCUAGGAAAACGCUGAAAAGCCACACCGUCAUCGUUUCUAGAUUCAGUAUAUGUGGGUCUCGUCACCAAAACUACUUUUCGAAGACCUACGCGCUGUCCUUCAACCAUCGCUUCUCAAGCAUUCCUACAAAAACACCUCGUAACCACCUGUCAGCAGAACUUGUCUCCGCAAUCGCCUGCCGGAUAGUGACAGCCCACCUGGUCUCCAGAGUAGGUUCGGAUGUCAAUAGCUCAUGCUGGAGUCCAACUGGGGCCAAUGAGUGAUUGCAAACUGUGCAGCUGGUUGGCUACGCUGGCGGGCCGUGUAGGAGUUGGUGCCUGCCGCGAAUAUUGGUGAAGAGGAAGGAAUGUCCGUCGGUUUAUAGUUAAGUGACGCGGUAGGUUAGUGUAGUGUGUUCAUGCUGUAGAGGCAGGGGAUUAUUUCCAAGAAACCAUUGCAGAAGUUUGGAGGUUGCGUGAAGCGCAGUUGACCUCAAUUUCAACUGCAGGCACACUAAGCAUAGGCCAGGCCCCCUUCUGCAAGAAAGAAAAGUUUUGCUUUGUACUACAAAACUAAUGUCUGGUCUGUUGUAAUUUCGGUUCUUGGGUCCUUGUGGAGCGAAGAUUGAAAUGCUCUUCAGGUUUGAGGGGAUCAGCUGGAAGAGCACUGUCAUUAAUCGGGAUCCUCAAACGUUUGUGAUAGGAGCGGCGUGGAAGGAAUAUCGUGCGUAAGUAACUAAGCUACAUUAUUAGGCUGUUCGAUUGCGCGAAUCUUUUGAGUUCUAGUAGACGAUUGAACUUAUGUCGGGUGUAGGAGGUAACUCGAAUCCCCCGGGAAAUGGCAAUCCGUCUGCCGACGUCCCCUACUAUGAUUCCAAUAAUCUUGCCCAGGUGAAUUUCAAUCCUACCACGGCAGUUCUCAUCAUCGUUCUGAUCGGGGGCUGCUUCAUGGCCGCGAUCAUCGCCACCUUCGUUCGAAGAUAUUGUGCUGGGAGCGGUUAUCCACCGGCUUCGUCCACAGCGCAAUCCACAAAUGUUUCCUCCAAACCACGGGGUCUUCGCAAGGAAGUGGUUGACGCGCUACCUCUGAUCCACUGCAAGGAUUUGGAUGAAAAAGAUGAUCGGGAGUGCCCUGUCUGCCUGACCGAAUUCGAACCGGAGGAUAACUUGCGUCUACUACCGGCUUGUAAGCAUAUUUUCCACCAAGAGUGCAUCGAUGCGUGGUUCGAUUCACACUCAACUUGCCCCUUGUGUCGUGCAAGCUUGCUGGAUCAUCCCGGGGCCAUUGAAAGUUUGAAUGGCGAGCAAGUCGCGCUUGGGGAGCCCGUAGAGACGAUUACAGAGGUUUCUGAGUACGGGGACAGCGACACUGAUUCGCAACGCGUGAGCAAUGUCUCGCCUCUAGAAGACCAUCCUACCAACUCAAUACCAAUGCCUGGUGCCCUCACAUCACGAGAAGACGAGCGAAACAGUGCACGCGGAACUCUAUCUCGAAACUCCCUUUCCUUCAAGCGCGCCGCGCGUGGUGUCGAAGCGUAUGAGAAGGGCGCAGCCUUACCCGUAAAUCCUUCCUCUAAGAAUGCUAGCUUUCGAAAACCACUGGUGGCACCUCCCACAAACGCUGGCAUCAGACGAUCGUCAUCCUUGGGAACCGACUUGAUAGCUUUGCGAAAUCUUCUGACAGGUGGCGAUAGUACUCUUGAUACUCCUGCUUCGUAUAGAUUGAAUGCCACUCGCAGCGCCGUACCGAAGUCUGAUGCGCCAUCUGACUCAUGGUUUAGACGAGCCAGAAGCAUGAACUUGGGAAUAGGGGAAUCCACCCUCUUCGGUGGACUCACGAGAGAGCGCUCUGAAGAUGAAUGGGUAACAAUCGACUUGGAAACUGGAAAAACUGCAGCUGCUGGACCAAGCUCAAGUAAAGGAGAAUCUCCCAAAGCUCCGAUUGCAUCGAGCGCCGCACCAGAGCGCUCGUGGUCAGAUAGGUUUAGUUUGGCCAGCAUAAGGGGUGCUCUCAGCAGGACGACCUCAGACAUUUCAUCGCGCACCCGCCAUUUGCCAGUUUAAAGAUAAGUGGUUAUGUCAUACCCUUAAUGGUCAACCCACGUCACUGAGACUACGGUAACGUGCAGUGUGCGAGAAAAAUCUGCGCAGCUGACAAGAAGAUCCGGAGAGAGUAACCACGAGGAGAAAGUCGCAGCUGGAUGAUCAGUAUUAGGAGCUGAUAUUGUUCCAACUUUGUUACAUAGUCACCGUUAGUCUCCAUUGACUGAUUUUAGUACAGAGAAGAGAUGUAGAUUCCCAGCGCGUGUACAGAGUUGUAGAGGCUAUCUUUGAGUCACCACAGAAGAAUUCAGAGAGUGCAGUAUCACAGUGACCCUUAAAUUUUAGGCAUUUUCACAUUUGCAAUUUUGUAGUGCAAUCUCAGUGUAAUUUACAAAUUGUUGAUAGAGCCAUGGCUUCUCACCUUGCAUCCUA